CAUAAUAUAUACCGUAUGUUGGUUUAUGCUGAUCAUAAAACACAUUGCUGACCAUUGAGUUUGCAAAAAACCAUUGCUGAGCGUAUUGAGUAGUGAGUUUGCAAGAUCAACAACACUACUUGAUCUCAAGCAGGAAGGCAGGUACAGUAUCAAGAAAGCAAUCCAAGAAAGUUACCGAAGAAAACUACAAUCCCAACGGUCCAUCCCUCCUUUCCCUGUUUUUGUGCAAGAGCAAAACUACAUACAAAUAUGGCAGUAAUUCAAUCGGGUCGAACCCCGGAAGAGUCAUCGCAGCUGCAGAUGCAGCGCACAACGAUACGAGGUUUGAUUCUUGUGAUUUUGGUGUUGGUCAUCAGCAGUACGUUUCGACGCACCAACGAUUACGAUUCCUUUUUGGAAGCCGUGUCGGAAUCCCGUACGGCCGAAGCCACGGUAUCCCAUCGUUCUAUCAAGGGCAAAACCACGACAAGCUAUACCGCCGGUGCGUCCAUCCAGAAAAAGAAACAAAAUUUGGAUCUCCCCUAUGUUCCAUCGGCCAUUGAAUCGUUUAUUAUCAACAAUACCGUCCAACUGGGAUGGAGUCCAAUGCCCCCCGCGUUGGUGGAUACCUGCAAUAUCUGGACAGACCCCAAGAUCAAUCCGUAUCACAACGAAUUGCAGACAUAUGUCAAGGAGGUCGAAACGUAUUAUCGCAAACUCCAUGAUUUUCAGCUGGCACCAAAUGUCAACAAGGAUUUGAGACGACAAAUUGAAGACGCUUCCGACCAAGAAGAUGUUUGCAGUACGGUCGAUUUGGGCUUGAAGGAUAUUUUUGGCAAGAGCCAACAAUUGACGCAGACACGGUCGGGAUUUGUAGAACCCCUCUUGCCACCCAUGCGUCAUCCGGGUGUUUGCUUGGAAGAGGGGGUCACGCUGGAUCCUGCAAAGUUUUAUAUCCUCAUGUCCUUGCAGUAUAUUGUCCAUGAUUGGGCCCAUAUUUGUCGCAAACUCAAACCCACAUCUCGCACUGUCUUUAUCGACAUGGGAGCUUCGUUGCGCUUUCACGGCGAUAUUCCCAGUCCCGUGCUAACGUUGUUGGAACAAUAUCGCAAAAUGGGCAUUGUGUUCGAUCACAUUUAUGGUUACGAAAUGAGGCAGGAAGACCCCAACACGGUCUUUGCAAAACUGCCACCAGAGUAUCGGGCCAAUUUUCAUUGGAUCAAUGUCGGUGUCAAUGCGGAUCCGACUCAUCGACACAAUCCAUGGAAUAUUAUAUUGGAUCACUACAAUGAAGAUGACUUUAUUGUCGUCAAGUUGGAUAUCGAUACACCGGCCAUUGAACGACCGUUGGCACAUCAAUUGUUGAAUGAUCCACGGCUGGUCAAAUUGGUGGAUCAAUUCUACUACGAACAUCAUGUCAAUCAACGAGAGCUCUCUCGUCAUUGGGGUCAUACCGCGGAAAGUGUGGAACAAUCCUUUCAAUUCUUUACCACAUUGCGCAAAAAGGGAGUGGCGUCGCAUUUUUGGGUGUAAAAACAACAAAGGAGUAAUUAUUGUACAACUAACUACGACAAAUCGCAACAUGAAAUCGAGCAGGCGUUGGCCCAUGAUGGAAAGCAAUGAAGCUGCACCUGUACCUGUAUUGCAGAGGGAACAGGUCCAGGCAGGCAGAACACAUGGCAAAACUUGACAAACCAUACAUCAGUCAGAAUAAAAUCAGAAUACGUGAUUUCUGAAGGCUUGUCAUGCUAUGCAAAAUUGCCAUUUGCCUUGUAGUAGUUUCAUUUCAUACAUCAUUAAAAACUCACCUGCCUGCCAACACCAACGACAAAAUCCACCACCACCACCAACAACAACAG